CCCUCUGCCUUCUCUAUAAAAACCAUCUCCGCCCUUCUCUGCUUUCCCAUUCCUUCAUCCCCUCAAUUUCAAAGCCCUCCGAAGCUUCACUUCUGAUCAGUCCCCUAAUCCAUCCAUCCAUCCAACUAUCCAUCUGCCAAGUUAGUGUUAGAAGAAUGAGAAGUGGGGUGACCUUCAACGCGACGGCUCCGACGUCUCCGGCGGUGCAGCACUCGGCAUGGCACUCGCCGGUCCCGUACCUCUUCGGCGGCCUGGCGGCGAUGCUGGGUCUGAUAGCCUUCGCUCUGCUGAUCCUCGCGUGCUCUUAUUGGAAGCUCUCCGGCUACUUCGAAAGCGGCGCCGGCGGCAGCGGCGGCUCUUCCGAGAGGGACCCGGAGAGCGGCGACGGCGCCUUGAAACGUCCGCCGGUGUUUGAAGAGAAAAUUCUGGUGAUAAUGGCUGGACAAGAGAAACCGACCUUCUUGGCAACGCCGGCGUCCAGCAGGGCUUCUUCUUUCAACAGCGAGAAUGGUACUGCCGAUCAGAAAUCAGCGGGAGCAGAUGGAGAAGAAGUUAAGAAGCAAGGGAUUUGAAUUUUGCUUUUUUUUUUUUUUUUUAUUAAUAAUUAAAUUCGAGAAAUGUAAAUUAUCGGAGGUUAAUGGAAGAUUUUGGUGGUGUUCUGGUCAA